AUGGGGCCAGGUGUGGCAAAGCUUACAAACCUAAGCUCACAAAACACUGAUAGAAAAAGAGAAGUACAUGCACUAAGACGUAGGAAUCACAUAUUCUUUUUAAAUUUGCAUGAUUGUUUCCAGUCUAUCAAAGUGCACACUUGUUGCAGUGGAGUAAGGUCAUUUAUUGCAAUGAAAAAUGAUCAUUCAAGCCAGCAUUUUACCACUCAUUUAAAUUCUAACAAAUUAAUAAGAAAAGAAGAAAUUUAUGCUUUUUCGUUUCUACAUAAUAACUACUUAAUUAAAAAGCCAAUCAAAAGCGGGACUUAUAAAAAUACACAUUUUGCGGUAAUGAAAUAUCAAAUGAGAGAGGAGUCAAAUUCUUGA